AUGUCUCCGAGCACUUACAACACCCCAGUCACGGGGAUACCUUACUUCCACCCCCAACAUAACACGUCCCCCGGAACCCCUUUCAAGCCCUCUGCAUCCGAUCCCGUACUCUUUCAGCCCCUUCAGAUUCGCGGAGUGACCCUCAAGAAUCGUAUCCUUGUAGCUCCCAUGUGUCAAUACUCCACCUCGGAGUCCGGCCCUCAAAUCGGAGCUCUCACACCAUAUCAUAUCGCCACCCUAGGCCACUAUGCUCUCAAAGGCUCCUCCUUGAUUUUUAUCGAAGCGACUGGGGUCCAACCCAACGGCCGCAUUUCCCCAAACUGCCCUGGCUUGUGGAGCGACGCACAAAUCGACGGCGUCAAAGCUGUAGCGAAUUUCUGCCAUGCUCAAGGUGCUCUUUGCGGAAUGCAACUUGCGCAUGCAGGGAGAAAGGCUAGUACUGUUGCACCGUUCAUUGCGGCACAGAGCAGACUUGCGAGUAAGCGGGCGGGGAAGGAUGUUGGAGGAUGGCCGGAGGACGUUGUAGGACCUUCGGGUGGUGAGGAUUUCGUAUGGGAUCUGAAGCGGGAGGAUGAUCCUAGUAGAGGGUACUAUGCUCCGAGAGAAUUGAGUGGCGAGGAGAUUCAGCAGCUUGUGAAGGAUUGGGCGGAUGCGGCUGUGAGAGCAGUGAGGGCUGGAGUGGAUGUCAUUGAAAUCCAUGGAGCGCAUGGAUAUCUGAUCCAUCAGUUUCUCUCACCGCUCACCAACCGUCGGACGGAUGCAUACGGCGGCUCAUUUGAAAACCGCACUCGGCUUCUGAUGGAAAUCACUCAAGCAAUCCGCGCCGUGAUUCCCGCAAGUAUGCCUCUAUUCCUCCGCCUUUCCUCCACAGAAUGGAUGGAAGAUUCUGCCCUCAAUCAGAAGUACGGUAGCUGGGACGUUGAGAGUACGAUUCAAAUCUCCAAGAUCGUGGCAGACCUUGGAGUCGACCUGUUGGAUGUCAGCUCAGGAGGCAAUCACCCAGAGCAGAAGAUUAACAUGUUCAACUCAAAGGACUAUCAAAUCAAAAUCGCCGCGAGAAUUCGCAAGGAAGUCAAGGCUGCUGGGAAGGAAUUGCUGAUUGGUGCUGUGGGACUGAUUACAGAGGCCGAACAGGCGAGGGACAUUGUUCAAGAAGAGGCAGUGGUUGCUAAAGAGAUGACCGAGGGGAAGGAGGCCAUGGCAGAUGUUAUUUUGGUGGCGAGGCAAUUCAUGAGAGAACCGGAGUGGGUGUUGAAGGUUGCGUGGCAAUUGGGAGUGGAUAUUGCAUGGCCUUCGCAGUUCCUGAGAGUGAGGUUUCCGAAGUUGUAG